GCUUUGAUUUCGGGCACCUCCGACAGAUAAUUGGGAAGGGUUUCCAGAAGGUGGGAAAUGUCACCUGAUUCACACUGAACUUUUAAAAGCUCCCCACCCCCAAAGAGCCGACACACCCUCCGUCGCGGCCGCCCUCCCACAGCCCCACACACUGGGAGACCGCCCACCGCAAACCUCGGAGACCCCCGUCUAGAUUUAAAGCGCGGCUGCGCCCGGCUUCUGACGUCCAUUGAAUCGCGCGGGCGGCCGGUGGCGAGCGCGGGGCUGCGCCGGGAUCGCUGCGCCCUCCGCCGCUCGCCUUUGCGACGCGCGCCGCUCGCCCGAGCCACCCGCCGCCGCGCUCCUCGCCCCGCGCCUGCCCCAGGAUGGUCUGCGCCAGGCACCAGCCCGGCGGGCUCUGCCUCCUGCUACUGCUACUCUGCCAGUUCAUGGAGGACCGCAGCGCCCAGGCUGGGAAUUGCUGGCUCCGCCAAGCAAAGAACGGCCGCUGCCAGGUCCUGUAUAAGACAGAGCUGAGCAAGGAAGAGUGUUGCAGCACCGGCCGGCUGAGCACCUCGUGGACCGAGGAGGAUGUGAACGACAACACUCUCUUCAAGUGGAUGAUUUUCAACGGGGGCGCCCCCAACUGCAUCCCUUGUAAAGAAACGUGUGAGAACGUGGACUGCGGACCUGGGAAAAAAUGUCGAAUGAACAAGAAGAAUAAACCCCGCUGCGUCUGUGCCCCAGACUGUUCCAACAUCACCUGGAAGGGUCCAGUGUGUGGGCUGGAUGGCAAAACCUACCGCAACGAAUGUGCACUCCUCAAGGCCAGAUGCAAAGAGCAGCCGGAACUGGAAGUGCAGUACCAGGGCAAAUGUAAAAAGACUUGUAGGGAUGUUUUUUGUCCAGGCAGCUCCACUUGUGUGGUGGAUCAGACCAAUAAUGCCUACUGUGUGACCUGUAAUCGGAUUUGCCCAGAACCCUCCUCUUCUGAACAGUACCUUUGUGGGAAUGAUGGAGUGACUUACUCCAGCGCCUGCCACCUGAGAAAGGCCACCUGCUUGCUGGGCAGAUCCAUUGGAUUAGCCUAUGAGGGAAAGUGUAUCAAAGCAAAGUCCUGUGAAGAUAUCCAGUGUGGCGGCGGGAAAAAAUGCCUAUGGGAUUCCAAGGUUGGCAGAGGUCGCUGCUCUCUCUGUGAUGAGCUGUGUCCUGACAGUAAGUCGGAUGAGCCAGUCUGUGCCAGUGACAAUGCCACGUACGCCAGCGAGUGUGCCAUGAAGGAAGCUGCCUGCUCUUCUGGCGUGCUUCUUGAAGUGAAGCACUCUGGAUCUUGCAACUCCAUCUCGGAAGAAACGGAGGAAGAGGAGGAAGAGGAAGACCAGGACUACAGCUUUCCUAUCUCUUCCAUUCUAGACUGGUAAACUCCGCACCAGUGUUCAGUGUUGACAUAGCCUUUGGGCAAAACAAAACACAACAAAAUAAAUAAUAAUAAUAAUAAUAAAUAAUAAAGGAAAGAAAAAAGAUAGAAAAGAAGAAAAAAUAUAUUGUUCAUAAUGUAAAUAAGUGUAUGCUUAUUUAUUUGGGGGGGAAAACUAUACAUUAAAGGACCUUUGUCCUAAAGCUCUCUCCCAGGCCACGUUGUUAUUCACUGGGCAUGGAGAGAUGGUCAUUUCGUGGUCUACUGGAUGAGGCCUAUAGUUGAGACUUGUAGACAUUUAUUUAUACUGUGUCAUGUUUUAUAAUUUAUACAUAAAAGUGUCUGGUUGACUGUACACCUUGUUUUUUGAAGAAAUUUAUUCGUGAAAGGAAGAGCAGUUGUUAUUUAUUGUGAGGUCUCUUGCUUGUAAAGUAAAACUGUUUUCUUUUUUCCCCCUUGUAAACCAUUUGAGUCCAUUCCUCACUAUGCACACCCACCUGUCUCUCUCCGCAUCUCACUGUUAGAUUCUUUUCCACCUUUUUAACAAAUUUGCAUGUCAGUUUCUGUCAUGUUUAUUUAUUGGAUUCUCAGCUGCCUAAUCUGUACACACCUGAUCCUUCGGGUUUUGUUUACAAGGAAUCUUGACUGACCAAAAGGCAUCGUAACUCUGCCACAGAUACAAGGUACAGAGGAUGGGCAUCUUAGAGGAAAUGUCUGCUUCCAUCCCCUCGUUCUGGUGAACGUUGGGAGAGAGGGUGAGAGAGACAUUAAAAUUCUAGAGAUGUGCUUUUAUGAUGUUACAGAUCCAAAGACAUAGAGUGAUGUGGGUGUCAGGAGACUGAAGAGAGGUGAAAGACACACUUUUCAACCUGUCAUUCAGUGUUUCUUUUGAGCUAGUCAGCUGUACCUUUUCAAUUAGUUCUUUCUCAACCAAUGUGUCACUAAAAGUUCCAUCAAAGCUUUAUCAGUUCAAGUUUCUUGCUUUUCAUAAUACUUUUUUCUGAUGCAAUUUUAUAUUUUCAAACAUGGCAAGUUAAAUAUAAAUUCAUUUAAAUAUAUAGUUUUGUACUUUUCUACCAUGUAAAUGUGCAAUGUAUAUAAAAGUUAUAAUGUGUAUUUGUAGAUAAAUGAUGAGUGAAAAAAUAAAAAAAAAAAAAUGUAAAAGCCA